AUGAUUGAUGCUUUCCGAGAAAGCAUGGGCAUCAGCAUAACUGUUUUCAAGAUAGGUGUGACCUCCAACCCUGUGCCUCGCUUCGUGCUCUAUCGCACAAAGCAUUUUACAAACAUGUGGGUCAUUCACUCAAGUAUGGAUGUGAAGGAAACCCACAUGCUGGAGGCUGCACUCAUCUUGUUCUACCAAGAUUGCGUGGGUUGUCAGAACAAACCUAACAGUGGCGGGGAAGGGGCCCUGAAUCGGAAAACUGCAGUGGGACCAUUCUACACCUAUAUCGCUGGUGGUAGAGCUGACCAGAACAAAAGAGCUCCAUGCAAGCACGCUGUGGAGCAGGCGCAGGCGGCUCUGAAGGAAGCAGGUGGAGUUGGGACACCUGCCUUGAAGGAGUUUGCUGCAAUCAAACUAAAUGAUGCAGAGUCUCCCGCCCACAAAAUUUUUCACAAGUACGGGCUUGCUGCGGACGUAGCUAUGAAGACGCUGGACGUUGGGUCUGGGGAACUCAAGAAAUUCCCAUACUUGCCGUUUUCAGAAUGGGUCAAGUUUUUGCUAGACAACGACCAAGUUGAGCAGCUGGUUGGAGUGCCAGCACAGGAGAGACCAGAACUCCUUCAAGAGUUCUGGUGCAGAUACGAGCGGCUGCAUCCUGCUCAUGACAUAUUCGAACUUAGUCGCCAAGGACGUGUCAACCUUCGCCAAACCAUACCAGUCUUUUGUCAUGUGGACGACGGGCGCACGUAUAAAUCCAAGGGUCUUCUUGUACUUUCCGUGCAUGGAGCUUUAGGCCAAGGAACGGCUGCAUACAAGCGCCGCAUGGGGGUGAGGAAGACCAUCAUGAAACAGAACCCAAUGGGCAUGAACUACAUUGGCAACACGUGGGGAACACAGUUCUUUUUCUGUUCCUUGCUGCGAUCAGCGAUUGCAGAGGAUGAGGCUGUGCUCGACAAGGUGCUGUCCGUGUUCUCCAAGGACAUGGAAGAGCUCGCAAUCAGUGGUGUCCAGAACACCCGGGGAAAUGAUCGUUUGUGGUGCCAGCUCCUUGCAGUCAAAGGCGAUUUACCGGCUUUGGCCAAAAUCGGAAAUUUUGAGCGGCACUAUCUUCGAGCUCCCAAGCGUGCCACGUCACGGUCGGCAUGCAUUGGGGUCUGCUGGUUGUGCAAGGCUGGGCAAGAAACCCCGAAUGUCAUACCGUAUGAGGACUAUCGCGAGACGUCUUUGUGGCGCACCACAUUUUUGAGUGACAACCCGUGGCUCACCCGCCCAGCCAUUCUGGGGUCCAUACCGGUUGACAGAACAUCGGAGCCCUUCUUUUUCCGGACUGACCUGUGGCACAACUGGCACAACGGCCUCAGCAAGUACUUCAUCGCCAACGCGAUGCACUUGUGGAUUGUGACGCCAGAUUUGAUCCCGGCUGGAACGAUCGAACUCAAGUUCAAAUACUUGACGCAGGACUACUUGAACUAUUGCUCCAAGGCAAGACUCACACCGUAUUUGAAGGAAAUCAAUCGUGACACGAUUUCGUUCGAAAGCGCCCAGAGCCAACCGCACGGGUGUUGGAACAAGGCCGUAGUGUCCACCCACCUCAUGCUCUACCUCCAGGACUUUUGUCUUCGUUUCGUGGAUGGCAAGUUUGAUGAGGCAAAGUGCAUCCGCAUCAUGAACAUCUUCAUAUCCAGCUUGUACUCUGAGGGAUUUUGGAUCCCUUCGGCAAAAGCACGUGAACUGGGAAACAUGUUGAACCGUUUUCUCGUACUUUAUGGUCGGUGUGCUGCAGUUGCUUUGGACCGAAAGAUGGACAAGUUUACGCUUGUCCCUAAGGGGCACAUGCUUGAUCAUCACGCCUUCGAUUUAGUGCGGCAGGCUGGUCUAGCUGAAUGGGUUGAAAACCCGCUUAGCACGGCCAACCAACAGCAAGAAGACUACAUCGGGAAACCAUGCCGCCUCUCGAGGCGAGUCCAUGCAUCCAAGAUUCACCUACGGGUGCUACAAAGGUCAUUGCUGGCCAGUAGUGAGCAACUGCAGGCUGGGCGGGCCUAG